CCGGUGGCAAGGGAGGUAAACGCAUUGUUGUCAAAUGGUAGUGUCAAACGAACGACGAUGUUUAUUUUAUAGAACUGAAAGAUGCCAGGGCUGAUUGCUUUCAACAGAAGAUGGGGAAUAGGGUCUGAUGAUUUCGUCUUUCCAGAACUCCUCGAAUUAUGUUUGCGUGUAAUUUGGUUAACGGUGAUCGCGAUUGUAUACAGUGUGCACAGUGAUUCCAUAUACCAAUGCAGAGACGGAAAUCUGUUGAAGACCUACUACAUUGGUUUCAUGGUUCUGCUAAGUGUAGCGAUUAUAAUAUGUGCCAGUAUAGUUUAUGUCAGUACAAGAGGAAUUAUCAUGAUUGCUGGACCAAGGAAAAAUCUUGCCAAAUUACUGUAUUUAAAACUAGCUGUAGCAGUCCCAGAGAUUGUCUGGAACAUUCUGGGAACAUACUGGUCCUUUUUACGGUCCAGUAACUGCCAGGAGUUCGUUGUGAAGACCGUCCAGGGGGCGGUACUCACGGGGUGGAUCAUGGGAGUGUUAGUCAUCAUAGGAAUAAUCGUAGUGUUUGAUCCACUAGGAAAACUAAAUAAGAUAAAACCUAGAGUUUCUGGUGAAUUACAAAGCAAAGAAUCAACACAGUUUAUAGAGGGUGCUAUGAGUGCUGCAAAAAAGGCAUGGGAAAAGAGAUGCAGACUCUUAUGCUGUUGUGUACUGGGUGAUGAACAGAGCAAGGAUGCUUUUGAUGAAAUCAGUCAACUUCUAGCAGAUUUCUUCGAGGACCUGGAUUUGGUGCCUACUGACAUUGCGGCUGGUCUGAUCUUGGUUCAGAGGGAUCAGGAGAAACUCUACAACAGUGGGGGCAGGUCCUACAACACCUUCACAGAACUUCAGACAAGUGUAAAAGCACCUGUUGGCAGCAGCAGUGAUGCCCCCAUAAGCCCUGCCCCCUGGAUGACCUCCACAAACAUGCAUCACUAUAUGAAGUAUGCAGCAGGCAGCUAUGGAUGGCCAAUGUAUAUGUUUACUCACCUAGCAACGGGGCUCUGUAGACUUUGUGGGGCCUGUAGAUGCCAGACAUGUUACCAUGGAGGUGAAGUCAUAGACGACAACUGUUGUCAAUGUCACACGGCGGCCAUAAGACGACAGACCAGUAUAGCGGACCAAGAUCUUCCCUACGUCACCUUCCAUAAUAAGAUUUUUCAGAUCCCGUUCUAUGUAGCCAUAGACAGAGCUCAGCAGACCGUGGUGGUCUCUGUUAGAGGCACGCUGUCACUGAAGGAUGCAGUGACGGACAUGUCUGCAGAAUCUGACCCGCUAGAGAUGUUAGAGGAUGCCAAGGCACAUCGAGGCAUGCUCCAGGCAGCUAAAUAUAUCCAGGAACAGCUGCAGACUAAAGGCAUACUAGACGCCGCAUUCCAACAAGUUCAGGGGGCUGGUCUUAUGAUAUGUGGUCACAGUUUAGGAGCUGGUGUAGCCUCAUUAUUAGCUCUGUUAUUGAAAUCAGAUUACCCAGAUGUGCGGUGCUUUGCUUAUUCUCCCCCGGGAGGCCUUUUGAGUUACAAUGCUAGUGUUUUCUGUCGAGACUUUAUCUGUUCUGUGAUUCUGGGUAAGGACUUUAUUCCCAGACUAGGUCUUGUAUCCAUGGAGGAUUUAAAAGCAAAGACAUUACAAUGUAUAGCUAAUACCAAAAUACCAAAGUACAGGAUUUUAGUGGCCGGAGUUUGGGAGCUGUGCUGUAGCUGUAAGGAUGACAGUCAGAUCGCAGACCUGGGAGACACAACAAAUCUAGUGGUGGAGGAGAGGACAAACUCCUCAAAGAAAUCUAUAGAGCAAGCAAUCCAAAACACCAUACAGGCCCGUGAAGAGUACAAGGUAACCCACACCCCUAUGUUCCCCCCGGGGCAGUUCCUACAUAUACAGGAAGUGGAUACAGACAGGAAAUGUUUUGAAGAUCCCUCUUACUUUGCCGAGUGGAAAGAUCCCAAGGAUUUCACAGAGAUUUUAGUUUGUCCAGAAAUGGUGUACGAUCACUUUCCUGAUAAAGUCCUGAAAGCCUUAGAGCAGCUCAGUCAGAAAAACUUCACCCCUAAAUCUAAAUACAAGAGCCAGUCUGCUGAUACCAAUGUCUAAUCAUUGUCAUUUGUUGAGUUUGUUUUAGUUAUAAAUAAUGUUAAAUACUGUUUGUUUCCCAAGGAUGUAAGGACGCGUGUCUGAUUUUUACCUUUUACACAUGUUGAGAAUGAAUGAUUAUGAUGUUAAAAUGAAAGUGAUUAUAAUUUUUUCUUUUUAAUUUAAAUGUGAUGAACUGUGAUGUAGCUUCUGUUGUUGAAAAUUUUAAGGGAAGAAAUGGAAAUUUUAGUAAGGAGGUAAUUUAGCAUUAGUGGGUGUUAUGUGUCACAUUUCUGUUAAGAUUCUGAUUCAAAUUUAAUUCUAAAUUUUAAUAAUUUUAAUUUAAUUCUAAUUUAAAACAUUUUUCCUCUCUUAUUUGGUGCUACCAUCACUUGUGAUAUAGACACAACUACGAAUCAUUCCCUAUUAAAUAGGAAUGUUACUCUGAUUUUAAAAAGAAAACUACGGAAAGUGGUUACAAAAAAAAAAAAAAAACGGAUUUCUAAUAUUGAAAUGUAAAUGCUAAGCUACAUUGCCAGCUAAUAAUUCUCACCUGAUAGACAUAGAAAUGUAGCUGGCAGUCACAUGUGGCAUUUAAAUGGAAAUAAUCACUAUGCAUAUGGAUUUAACUACUAAUUAGUAUACAGUAUCCUCAUUUUCAUUAAACAGACACAUAAAACAAAUGUAAUUUUAUUUAAUUAUUGUAAACCAACUUAAAUUCGCAAGGGAGAAAUUUCCGCGAGUUUCAUGACCUUUUAUCAUUUGCAAUUAUUUCUCAUCGGGAUCAAACUGUUCACUCAACAAAUUUUGCAUUAAUGGAGAAUGUACCUCAGUUGUGAACAUUGGUUGUCGCAAAUGGAUUCCAAACUGAAGUAUCGCAAAUAAAAGAUAUUUGCGAAUAAUAGUUGGUUUACAGUGAAUUAAGAAUACUAGACAAAGAGCAAGACAUUCUCAAAUAAUUGUAAAACUUCACUUUUUAUAAUUUUUUCUCUCUCUGUUUAUUUUUUCUUUUUUGUGCAUUUUAUUAUCAUCUGUAAAAAUAUUCACUUUGGUGCUUAAAAUGUUAACAUGUAUUAUUAUACCAUAAUCACUGUAUCCCUUUGUGUUACAAGCAUUGUGAAAUGGCAAUAAGUCUUCCACAAACAGUUCAAGUCUGUCAGUACUAGACACAGAGAAGCUAUAGUCCCUAAGUUAAAAAGUCAUGCAGUACCAUAUUUUGAUACUAUUAAUAUUUAGUUACAAAUGGUAGAUUUAGAAAGAAUCUGGAAGGCUGAAGAUAGAUGGUGUUUUAAAUUUAAUUAUUAUAUUUUUUUAACCUCUUAUAAAUGAACCAAAUAUUUGCAUUAAUUAUAUAUUUGCUUUAUUGAUUUUUAUACAACCUCAUGUACAGGUAUUAAGUUCAUGUUUUUAACAAAAAAUACUUGUAGAAGAAAUGACAAUUUGUUAUAAUGUACAUCAAGUCUCACCAUCUGUAUCACCAUUUUCUAAUUUGUGACGUAUCCUCAUUUUAUGACAGAAGGCAGAAAGUAUUAAUCACAUAUGUAUCUGUCUAUCUCUUCAACUGUGCAAUUAGAAUUUUUUUUUUGAGCUGUCCAACUUUUAAAGUUUGAAUUAUUUAGGCCAUGCAAAGUUAAUUACUUGG